AUGUCCUUGGCUCCCACCCAGCUUCAUUCCUCAGGCUGGAGACUGGAAGGAAAUAAAAAGACGAUAGGAAUCACUGCAUACACAGGAGACUCAGUACUGCUGCCCUGCUUCUGCACUGACCUCCAAACCACACCUGAGACAUUCACAUGGGAGAAACUCACAAGUAAUGAAAAGAAAUGGGUAAAGAUAUCUCCUGAGAGUGAGCAGUACAAAGAGAGAUUUCAGCUGGUUAAUGAUCGCUCUUCAGGAAAUCUCUCUCUGCUCAUAUCACACCUGACUGAAGAGGAUGGAGGAGUUUACAGGUGUAGUGUUAAAGGGAGUCAAUACACAGACAUCAGACUCACUGUUAAAGGUUGCAUACUGAAUCGACAGCCAGUGACUGUGACUCGAUACGUGGGGCAUUCUGUCCUUCUGCCCUGCUCCUGCUCUGACCUACAAGCCAAACCACACACUUUCACAUGGACGUUUUUAAAUGGUUCUGCUCACAAGGAAAUCUUCCCAAAGGACCAGACAAAUCUCUACACAGACAGAGUUCAGCUCUUUAAUGAUCAUCUUCCAGGAAAUCUCUCUCUGCUCAUAUCACACCUGACUGUAGAGGAUGGAGGACGGUACAGGUGUAAUGUUCUGACUGAUAUUGAUGUCUCUCCAGAGCAUCUUCCCUACGUCCCCUUCGCCGUAGUGACUGUGUUCUUUCUGCACAUUAUCGUGGCUGUGGUCUAUUACACCACCAGAAAGAAAGGUCCUGAUACAGUUCAUUACAGCAGAGCUGAUGGAGAUGGAGCAGUGAGUCUGUAG